AUGUUUGCAAAAAUUUGGUCUGCAUUUGCUGAUGGUAAGGAGAUUUACUAUAAGACGCCAGAGCACAUCAAAAUUUACUUCAACAAACGAACUGAGGCCAGUGUUUUUAAUGACUCAAUUGCGCUCAAUCAAAACAUCUGCCAAAGUAUUAGAAGCGUUUUGGGACGACCAGAAAGAAUGCCUGAAUCUGUAGCUAUGUUGAGGCAACCCAGGCCAGUUAACCAUUACGGAAACUUGCAAGUCGUUGUAUCCGGAAGACUAACUAACCAACUGACUCAUCUUCUUGCAGUGGUCGAUCAAGAUCCAAGUACUGCGUCAAUAGAUGUGGCAUAUGCCUAA